CGCCCCGCGGUCCCUUCAGGGAAGGGUAGUCCAGCUCAGGGUUUGGUGGGAGCUGGGGAUGAGCCGGCAACCUGCCGGCAAGGCGCUAGGACCUGUUCUUUCUCACUCGAGAAAAAGGAAAGCAAGCAAAGAAAUAAAGCAAGCUCAAGUUAAUGGUUGAGAAAUUCUGAUGCACGAGAGCCUGGAAUUUUGACUUCUUGGAGACACAAUAGAAAAUGCAAAACGAAACAAUAAAGCCUGCUAAAUACUUCUCAGAAGUGGAGAAGAGUGUGCUGCUUGCAUUAGUUGAAAAGUACAAAUAUGUCCUUGAAUGUAAAAAGAGUGAUGCAAGAACUAUUGCUCUCAAACAGCGUACUUGGCAAGCUCUAGCUCAUGAAUAUAAUUCACAGCCCAGUGUAUCAUUACGAGACUUUAAACAGCUAAAGAAAUGUUGGGAAAAUAUCAAGGCACGGACAAAAAAGAUAAUGGCACAUGAAAGACGGGAGAAGGUAAAAAGAAGUAUUAGUCCACUUAUAAAAGAGCAAAUGUACUUUUUGCAAAGCCCACCAGAAGAUUCUGAGUAUCAGCCUGAUGCUUCUAGUCAAGAAUCAUUUGUGAUCUCAAACAGAGAACUCUGUGAUGAGGAGAAAGAGUUGGUACAUUUUCCAGUAUGUGAAGGUACCUCCCAACCUGAGCCAUCAUGUUCUGAUGUCAGAAUUGCAGCAGAUAAGAACUACAGAAGUAAAGCAUCUCAGGAAAGCAUUCUGAAAAAAAUGCAUGAGGAAGAGCAUCAUCAGCAAAUGUCAAUUUUGCAAUUGCAGUUAAUCCAAAUGAAUGAAGUUCAUGUGGCAAAAAUACAGCAAAUAGAAAGAGAGUGUGAGAUGGCUGAAGAGGAGCACAGGAUAAAAAUGGAAGUGCUAAAUAAAAAGAAAAUGUACUGGGAGAGAAAAUUGCAGACCAUCACAAAAGAAUGGCCUGUAUCAUCCUUUAACAGACCUUUUCCUAAUUCACCAUAAAAUAUAAUGU